GCUCGGCCUGUCAGACUGCGUCACCCUCUCGCCAAGGGUCCCCCAGACGGGCGGGGGCUCCUUGGGGCCGCCUCGCUACUCUCCCCGCCUCCCUGCGCCCUCGCCCUCCGCCCCGCUGUGCCCGCGGAGCGCGCGGCCCGGCGCAGCCCCUUUUGGCACCGAGGUUUCCAGGUGCCCAGCGCGAAGGCGGAGCCGGGUUACAGCCGCCUCCUCGGCGCCACAGAGAAGACCCCCCCCCCGGGAGUUCGGCGGCCCAGGCGCUCCGGCUCUGAGUCCCGAGCCUCCUCCGGCUCUCCGCGCUCCUCCCUCUCGGCGCGCCCGGCGCGAAGCCUGCGAUUCGUGAGCCAAGCGCAGAGCGCAGAGCCGAGUGGCGCACGCUGGGCAGUGGCCUGGGCAACCCCAAGCGCAGCCAGAGCCCUCACCCGAGCCCGCUGGCCCGCGCACUCCCGGACCAUGACUGCCGAGGGACCCAGCCCGCCUGCCCGUUGGCACAGACGCCUGCCCGGGCUCUGGGCAGCGGCGCUUCUCCUGCUCGGUCUGCCGCGCCUUUCGGUGCGGGCGGAUGGAAAGCUCUUUGUGCUGGAGUCUCAGAAUGGCUCUCAGGGCCUACAACUGGAGGCUGCUCGGCUUUCCUGCAAGAGCAGGGGCGCUCACCUGGCAUCUGCAGACGAGCUACGGAGAGUGGUACAGGAUUGCUCCUUUGCAGUGUGCGCCACUGGCUGGCUAGCAGAUGGUACUCUUGGAACAACUGUGUGUAGCAAAGGAAGUGGAGAACAGCAAAUCAUGAGAGCUGUCGAUGUGAGAAUUGAGAGCAACCCAGUUCCUGGUGGCACAUACAGUGCCCUUUGUAUUAAGGAUGAAGAGAAGCCGUGUGGAGACCCGCCUUCGUUCCCAAACACCAUCCUGCAGGGCCGCACCGGCUUGGAGAUGGGGGAUGAACUGCUGUACGUGUGCGCCCCAGGCCACAUCAUGGGCCACCGGGAGACCGCCUUCACCUUGCUAUGUAACAGCUGUGGGGAGUGGUACGGCCUGGUGCAGGCCUGCGGGAAAGAUGAGGCUGAGGCACACAUUGACUAUGAAGAUAACUUCCCUGAUGACAGAUCUGUUUCAUUCAGAGAGCUCAUGGAGGAUUCCCGGACAGAGGCAAACGAGGACAGGGGUCAGGGAGACUCCUCUGAGGAGGCUCCAAAACAGGACCGUCUGGUCUCCAUUUCUGUGGGGAGAGAAAACAUAGCCUGGGAUAAAGCCUUUGUGCCAACCACAGGCUUGCCUGGUGCUGGGAGCAGUGUCCCCGCAGAUUCACCAGGAUCGCAGCUGCUCCAGAAGCACUUGUUCUGGUUUCCUGCUGAGGCUUUCCACAAGCCCAGGUUGGAAAAGGAGGUGGAUGAUGACACCAAAAAGCAGUUUUCUGCUGGAGACAACCACAGUGGUGUAAAAUUGGUCCCAGGUGAACCUGAAACCAAGGUGAUCUACGGCAACACUGAUGGUCCCUCGGGGCCAUCUGUGGGCAAGAAUGACAGCAAGGCAGGAGAUCCAGUGGUGAGCAGCAGUGAUGAGUCCUGGUUAGAUGGCUACCCUGUGACAGAUGGGGCUUGGAGGAAGACAGAGGCAGAAGAGGAAGAAGAUGGGGACAGAGGGGAUGGGUCAGUAGGACUGGAUGAAAACGUCCUAGUUACUCCUGAUCAGCCCAUUCUUGUGGAAGUUAAGAAGCCCAAGAGUAGCACCCUCACACCAAGCGAGGGCAUGACCCAUAGUUCAGUUCUUCCAUCUCAAAUGCUAGACGUGGAAGCUUUGCCACUCAGACCCGUGAAUGCUUCCGAGACUGAGGGCAUUGGGGAUGGUGACUUGACCAAGUACCAGUCAACUCUACCCUGGAGAUUCACCACAGAGGAGUCUCCCAUGGCCACCCUGCCCUAUGAGCUCACCAGCUCCACCCUGGAGAUAUUAACAGUGACCACUAUCAAGCAGACACCUAACCACAUCCCCUCAAUGAUCGUGGCGACCACCCAGCCUCCAGUAGAAACCACUGUUCCUGAGAUCCAGGAUAGCUUCCCAUACCUGCUGUCCGAAGACUUCUUUGGACAGGAAGGCCCCGGGCCGGGUGCAAGUGAGGAGCUUCAUCCCACCUUGGAGUCAUGUGUGGGGAACGGAUGUCCUGGCCUCAGCAGAGGCCCUGUGAUUGCCACCAUUGUCACCGUCCUGUGCCUACUGCUGCUCCUGGCAGGUGUGGGGAUGGUGUGGGGCUACCGCAAGUGCCAGCACAAGAGCUCUGUGUACAAGCUGAAUGUUGGCCAGCGGCAGGCUCGGCACUACCACCAGCAGAUCGAGAUGGAGAAGGUCUAGGCACCUUUGGAGUGGGUUCUUCCAAAGCCACUUGGGAGGAAAAUAACUGUGACACAUCACACUGAUAAUUCACUAGAGCAUGAUGCAGGUGGACUGGGGCUCAUCAUUUUUUCUUCAGCCCUUUGUUUUAUAGGCUAAGAAAUGUCUCUGAAGCACCUGGGAGGGCAGGGAGGCUUUGGUGGCAUCAUCACUCACAUCAAUGUCUCCUCCACCAUCUGCUCUGGAAUUGACUACGCUAAUCCCAGACCUGUGCUUGGGCCCUGUUUCCAGUGUGAGGUCAAAAAUCACCUCUUCCUUCAUCACAGUAUUAUCUUUUUUUUUUUUUUUUUUUUUUUGAGACCAGAGUCUCAUGCUGUUGCCCAGGCUGGAGUGCAGUGUCGCGAUCUGAGCUCACUGCAACCUCUGCCUCCCAAGUUCAAGCAAUUCUCCUGCCUCAGCCUCCCAAGUAGGUGGGAUUACAGGCAUGCACCACCAUGCCCAGCUAAUUUUUUUAUAUUUUUAGUAGAGGUGGAGUUUCACCAUGUUGGCCAGGCUGGUCAAGAACUCCUGACCUCAAGUGAUCUGCCCUCCUUAGCCUCCCAAAGUGCUAGGAUUCCAGGUGUGAGCCACAUCACAAUAUUACCUUUUUGAAGAAAGAAAAUCACCAGCUUCAUGCCCUGAAAUUUUAUAAAUAGUCAUGAUAAACCAAGUGUAUGAGAGCAGUAUUAUUUAGGACAUGGAUAUUGAAUUAUUGGGAGAGGAAUAUGUAAGAAUAAUGGGUUGUUUCCUUUUAAUGUUGUGAUGUUGCUGAGGGCAGAUGAACCAAGAGCCAGGACACAGUCUAGAAGCUUUGAGGUUUCUUUUUUCAUUGUGUCUUGAAAUUAGAGAGAAUUUAAGACUGACAUUUUGUUGGGGGAAGUGAGGAGUGAAGAAACACACGUCCCCCUCUGUUCCGUCCAUUCUGUGGGACAGCCUGUCAUUUAUUUAUUUUAUUUUCAAUCUUUCAUGGUUAAGGAUUUGCCAUUAUUUUUUAAAAACAAAGUUAGCUUUGUACCAGUAAGUACCAUUUCCUCUCAGAAGCAGUGGCCUAGUUGUCCUUGACCAGUCUGUGCCUAGGAAUGUCUUGGAAUUUUUGCCAGGACUAACAAAACUCAGUCCUUGGUUUCCUCUCUCAGGAUUAACCAUUUCUCUGAACUCCAGUAAGAGAGAAUGACACAGGAGAAAAAAAAAGAAAUGUUUUCAGAGGGCCGAACACCAGGAUAUCAAGUAUGGGCACAUACUUGAUGGAGAAACAGAAGAAUCUGAAAGAAUAUGAAAUGAUCUGUGCUGAUCUGUUCUCUAGUGUGGAAACUGGGAGCUCUGUGGAAACAGAAUCCAUCCUGUCUGUUGGGUAACCCAUUUCAUAGCAUCUAAAUCAUCUUGGGGUGGCUCAGUGAGGAUGGUUUAUGGCAGUGGUUCUCAAAGUGUGGUCCUCAGACCAGUAGCAUCAGCGUCACCUGGGAAUUUGUUGGAGAUGCAAAUUCUCUAGUCCCACCCUGGACUCAGGAAACAGGAACCCUGGGAGUAGGGCCCAGUUCUCUGUUUUUAACAAGCCCUCCAGGUGAUUUUGAUGUGCACUCAAGUUUGAGAGCCUGUUGGUUUAUAAUAACCUCAAAUGUGAACUUCGAGGCCAGCUGAAGCCCUAAAGGCACAGAAGAUGAGUAUGUGGUGUGUGUUGUGUGGAAGUCAGGCAUGGCUGUGUGCAGCUGAGGUGGAUUUGAAGCUGCCUAAAUGCCACCUGCAAUAGUCUCCUGUAUGUUGGCACAGAAAUGAAACAUGUUAUAUUUUUCUAAUAUGAAUCACCUUCUUGGAAAUAGUUAUCAGUGGUAAAAGGUGAUGAAUGCAACACAUUUAUUUUGAGACACCAUAGCAGUCUAAGUGUUUUUGUGUGGUAGAGGGAAAUCCUGAUCUUUUUUAUGAUUGAAAAAUCGUUGGUGGUGUUUUACCUAAGGAAAAAGAAAAUUCGCAACAUGUUUUCUACCCUGCCACCUCUUUUCAGCAAGCUUUGGAAAAGUAAUAGGCGAAGUAGCUGUAAAGAGAGGCAGCAUAAUCAAAGAUCUUAGUCCCCAUAGUUGGGUAAAAUAAAGCCUGAAGGUACCAACUAGAAUACCUAUGCAUCAGACGACGUCAAGAACAAUAGGAAUAAAAUGCUUUCUGCAUGUAGCCAAAGCAAAACAUAAUAGAAUAAAAGCCAGAGACUGUAUAUAUUUAUAAAUUAGAUCCUAAUCUACUGCAAGAUAACUUUUCUAUUUUUAACUAUAUAAAAUAACUUCUGUCUCAGCAUUGGGACUGUGUUAGCAACUAUUAUUGUGGAAUAACCCAGAACAUUGGAUUUAUACCAACAAAUAAAUAGGCAAUAUUAAUACAAGUGUAUUAAUAAAUUUAUUACAAAUUAUUAAUACAGAUAAAUGUUUUAUUUGUAGACAUGGACUGUGAAAUAAACCCAACACAUCAGUUUUUAAGUUCUUAUUGGUGUGGUAUCCUCUAAAUUAAUGUUUUAGAAUCUAAAAAUGCAUGUUGAAAGGGAAUGAUUAAAACACUGUAAAUCUAAAUUGUAUGUCAUGCAUGUUUUGAGAAUGGUGAAUGUUUAAUGCUCAUGAAAAUUGGGGGAGGGGGUUCUGUUAACACAAAGCUUCUGAGAUAUUUAAAAUAAAUAAUUAUUGCCCCAACA